AUGCUUGCGUCUUCGCGGCCCCGCGUCACAGGCGUAGGGUUCAGGAAUGGCCGAAUCCUGGGCCGGCCAGCACGGGGAUUAGCUGUUUGCGUCAGGGCUAGUGCUGAAUAUGAGGCUUUAAGGGGCAAGGUGGCUUACAAAGCAUCCAGCGGAGACCCUGUAGAGCUUCUUAGCUUAUGGGAGCCCGCCCCCACCUCCAAGGCCGUCAUCUCGUUCCUGACCCACUUCGCGGACCUGUCCUCCUGGGAGUUUGCUCAAAAGCUGGUCAAGGUGAUUCCCACCCUGGAGGGCUCUGGAGUGCGUUUCCUGGCUGUAGGUCUGGGCAGUGUGGGCAAUGCACAGGAGUUCGCCCGCACCCUCAACUUCCCCCUGGACCGUCUGUACGCAAUGCCCGAAGGGGGGGAGCUGUACCGACAGCUGGGGUUCAGUGCGGGGUUCGCACCCGACCUGAAUGUGAACCCCUACCUGAAGCUGGUGCCCAUGCUGGCGGGGGUUGGGUCGCCGGGGACUGUGCAGGAGGUGCUCCGCGGCUAUGUGGGCGACAAGACCGCCAAACCCGUGUUUGACUCGCCCACCCCCUUCGACGUCCUGGGGCCCGGCUACCAGCGGCCCUUUGAACUGGCCACUCUGCGGCUGUUCAACAUGAUGGGCAUCCUGCCAAAAUGGAGCGAAUUGUGUCCCGCCGACCCCAGCUUGCUGACUCAGCAGGGCGGCUGUGUGGUGUUUGCCGGGGAGCAAGUGGUGUUUAAGCACGUGGACAGCGGCAUUCUCCGGUACACGGAUGUAGACGAGAUUUUGAAGGCGGCGCUGCAGGCUGAUUACGCGCCCACCACGUCGGUGGCGGCGGCUGCGGAGGUGCUGGAGGAGUGA